AUGGCAACCGACCUUGUUGAAUUUAAAGAUGUGUCCUGUUAUGCCAUCAGCAAGGAUGAAGCACAAUUCAUUUACAAAGAAAUAUUCGAAGACCACUGCUACAAAAUUUCAAAUCUCCCAGACGCGCCUUUCAUCAUUGAUGUGGGGGCAAAUAUCGGCCUAUUUUGUCUUUAUAUGAAGCAAAAAUUCCCCACGUCAACAAUCCUCGCGUUUGAGCCUGCCCCGGAAACCUACGAUGUCCUAGUCCGCAAUCUAGAAUUAAAUAAAACUACAGACGUCGAGGUUUUCAAAUUCGGGUUGGCUUCAAAGGCGAGCACGGAGAAGCUGACCUACUUCCCAAAUCUUCCCGGCAACUCGACUCUCUUUGCCGAUGAGAAAAUGCAGCUGUACGAAGAAGCCGUCAAGAAACGUGGCCGAGAGGCUGCAGAUGCUCGUUUCGGUGGCGCUCAGGAGGUUGACGUGAAGCUGCAACGGCUGUCACACUUCUUGAAUAAUCGUCCCGGCCUCGACAGAAUCGACUUGCUCAAGGUGGAUGUUGAAGGAGCAGAGCUUGAAGUCAUACGUGGACUGGAUGAUGUUCACUGGAAUAUGAUACAGAAUGUUGUUCUGGAGACGUGGGAGAAGUCUGGCGUUCGUUCUGAAAUUGAGCAGUUGCUCGAGUCAAAGGGAUUCACUCUUACCCGCGAGGCAGCAGAAUGGGCUCCUACGCAGUUUUACAUGAUUACUGCUCAUCGUGCUGAUAGCAAUGGGACCAAGGCAUAG